GUCGUCGCCGUGCUUUCAGUGCCCACCUCGACCCUCCCGGUGCAGUUGGCCGGGCUCGGGUGCGCCAGGAGAGGGGGCCAGGCACAGGGGGCUUGGCGCAUCACAGCCCGAGGCAUGCGCGCGCGGGCGAAGGGGGGAGGCCCGGGGACGUAUUGGAAGAAGACGAAGAAGAAGACAAAGCAGAAGAAGAAGAAGAACAACAACAAUAAGGAGAAGAGGAAGAGGAAGAGGAAGAAGAUGAAUAAGAAAAAUAAGAAGACGAAGAAGAAGAAGAAGAGGAAGACGAACCGCCGGUAA